AUGAAGGACCUAUCGCAAGCUUCUGAGUGGACCAAACAACAGUUUAAUGUCUCUGCUAUAGCUGGCAGAGGGACAUAUGGCAAGACAUUUCUUCCAGAAAAUGUGUUUCUUCUUCCGGAACCGCAAGACGUACAAGGCGAUGUACACGAGCCAAGGGGCAUAGCUCUUCGGGUUGGCAGUCAAAUCACAUCCUUGAAUGCCAUAUCCGCUGCUGAGGUGGACACGAGCCGAAGGGACAUGUUCUGGGGGUCAUACCGAGCAACAAUGAAGCUUUCGCAUGUCAGUGGUACGUGUGCAGCGUUUUUCUGGUAUUUCAAUGACACACAAGAGAUCGAUAUGGAGUUUCUCUCGCGACAGUUUGACGAAGUGAAGAAGGUCUUCCCCGUGAAUCUCGUCAUCCACUCCAGCCUAUCGGCAAAAGAUGGCUACGACGCGAGCAAGACGGGCACGUUUAAGACGACCAAUUUAAAGUUUGAUCCGACCAAAGGCUUCCAUGAAUAUCGCUUCGACUAUUUGCCGGGUCACGUCUAUUUCUACGCCGACGGGGAAAGAUUAGGCGAUAUGAAGGGUGAGAACGUCCCGUCAAGUGGUGGACACGUCAUAUUACAACAUUGGAGCAACGGCAAUCAGUUGUGGUCAGGCGGGCCACCAUCAUCUGACGCUGCGAUUGUCGUCAAGUCGGUGAAGGCCUAUUUCAACUCUUCAGACGCCGAGAAACGUGGAGACUGGCACAAUACGUGCAGAGGUCAUGGUGAGAAGGGAACAGUAUGUGCUAUAUCUGACACGACACCAGCAACCUCUGGCCAAGUAGAUCAUUCCCCUCAUAACGAUGCGAAGGCUGGCAACCAUGAGACGGGUGAAGAGAGUGGUGGUUACGGAUCCCAUCUGGCCAAGUCGCUGACGACAGCGCUGGCCCCGAUGAUGGCUGUAUACACAUUAGUGAUGAUGGGACCAGAGCUGGAAUUUGGGCUGAAGGCGUGGUGGGAGUGA